AUGAAAGUGAUUAAAGAACGACACACAUCAGAAUAUCUUAAAAAAAUUAUUCUAGAUGUUCUAAAAGAAUAUGAAAUAAAAAUUGAGCAGAUUUACACAAUAACCACCGAUAAUGCAGCAAAUAUGAUUAAGUUAAUUAAGCUAUUAAUACUACACGAUGAAGAAGAUGAUGAAGAUGAUGACCUUAACGAUUAUUUAAUUAAUGAUGAUUUAAAUAAUAAUGAUAUAGAUAAUGACGAUUUAAAUAAUAAUGAUAUAAUUCAUGAUGAAAAUAAAGAACUUUUUAAUAUUGAAAAUAUUAAUCUUGCACCAAAUGCCAGAUCCAUAUUAAUAGGUAUUAGAUGUGCUUCACAUACAUUUCAAUUAGCAAUUAAUGAUUGCAUUAAAAAUUCAAAUGAAAUUGUAAUUAUAAAUAAAGCAAGAAACAUCUGCAAAAAAAUAAGAAAUCAGACAACAAUGGCUAUUCUCUCAAAAUUAAAUUUGAAAAAACCACUAAUAGAUUGUUGCACAAGAUGGAACUCUAUCUAUUUAAUGUUGGAGAGAUUACUAGAGUUAAAAAGCUUUUGCCAAGAAAUAUCGCUCCAAAGCGAUCGCGAAAAAUGUUUAUCAGAGAAUGAAUGGAAAAUAAUUAGUGACAUAUUAAAAGCUUUAUAUCCAGCUUAUGUUUUGACAAAAUAUUUACAAAGUGAACAAUUGACAAUGGGCGAUUUUUAUGCUGCGUGGAUCAAAUGUCUCAUGCAAACGAGUAAAGUAGACACUCCAUUUGCCAGACUUUUAGUUUCUACGAUGAAAGCACGAGAAAUAAAUUUCAAAAAUGAAGUUUUUUGCUCUGCUAUUUAUCUCGACCCUAGAUAUAAUGUAUUUUUAACUUUUGAAGAAAGAGAGAUCGCCAGAAAACAUCUUUGUAAAACUUGGAACUUGAUACAAAAUCUAAAUAAUCAGAAUAUUGAAAUUCUAAAUACUAUGCCUACGUGUUCGUAUUCGAAGGAUAAUUUAGAUGAUGAUUUUGAAGAUUUAUUAAAGUCGCAUGAAAGUCUUAAUAAGAAUAAUUCUCAGGGCAUCGAAAAUUAUAAUAAAUGUAUAGAAAUAGAAUAUAUAAUUCGUUCAUUUGAUAAUAUAGAGAGAUUAGAAAAAGAUACUAAUCUUUUGAAUUAUUGGGAAAAUGUAAAGAAUAGUAUGCCAGAACUUUAUAAGUUAGCUAUAACUGUGCUAGCAGUUUCAGUUACGCAGGUCUCCGUAGAAAGAGCAUUUUCAAGCCUUAAGUUUAUACUCUCUGCCCAGAGAACUAAAUUAAAUCCUGAAAUAUUAAAAAUAUUUUAG